AUGUUUAAUCAAAACAUGUUGUUUGAAGAAGAGACUGAAGAAAUACCAAAUGAAAUAACAGAAGAAAUGAAAUAAGUAAUUUAGAAAUAAAUUUUAGAUCAUAAAAGUGAUAGAUUCUUUUAACAUUGAAGAGUUAAGAAAUCUUGUAAAUGGUAAUAGACGCCAGCAAAUUAUUAGAAGUAGGUAUCUGUUCAGAUAUAUGUUGAAUAAAAUUGAUGAAAAAUUAAAGUAAAUAGUGAUAGAGAUAUAAAAUAAUUCCAUAUAUGACUGCUCAUAGAUCUUGGAUUUUAUCAACGAAUUCAUAAAAAGAUCUUAUCUAUUUGAGUAAAUAUAGAAAAUAAUAAAAUUUUAGAGAUAUGUUUUCUUCUUAAGAGCAACUGCUUAAGAUAAUUGAAUACACAGACAAUUUAAUUAUUUAUGAAAAGGUCUUUUAGAUUUUAACUCUAUCUAUGAUCCCUCGUUAAGAGAUUUAAAACAAUUAUUUCCCAAGAUUAAUAUAUCUAGAAAAAAUUUUAUAUGAACACAUCAAUUAUUUAUCCAAAAAUAAGAUAAAAUUGGUUGAUUAUUAUUAAGAUGAUCCAAAAUACAGAGACAUUAGAAUGGAUCUUAGAACCCCUUUAUAAUUUGAUAUUGAGUAUAAUGAACCAGCUUAAUAAGAGGAAAGUUAUGAGGAUAUAUGUAAAAAUAAAAAUCAUAAUAAUAACAUAUUAUAUGAUUAAUUCUAAAACAAAGUAUUAAUUGUAAAUUUAUUUUUGUAGAUAGUGUAAAUAGUAGAUGACGAUUCAGUAUCAGCUCUCAAUUUGUCAAGAAAUCUAUUAAAUAAGCAAAACUAACCUUUAUCACCCUUAAUUGAAAUAGUAAAAUACAGAAUCCUGAUAAAAAGAGGAUUAGAAAAAAAUCCAUAACAAACUAAAAAUAUAAUAAUCAA